ACAAAUGUUACAUUUAAAACUAUACCAUACACACUUAUAAUUCAAUAAAACUACAAAAACAAUCAAAGUUAUCAUUACCAGUAAUUGAAUAGUUGACAAAAUAAAAGGAAUAAAAAACAUAAAAAUUAAUACCUUUUUUUUUAUUAAUGAAAAUUUUAAAUGAUCUCGUGCUGACUAACUCUUUACGUGUCCAAGUUUCUGGAAUCGGAUCAUGACAGAGCUUAUGACUCACAUAAAAGUGUUAUCAGCCUCGGUGUCGCGUAAAAUUUGAAAUCUGGUUGGUUAGUAAAUUACUAAAUUAUUAAUAAAUAAAAACAUAAAUAGAAUAAUGGUCUUGGGGACAAGAGAGAUAAUGAGGUCGGAUGAAAUGGAGGGUGAGUUAUCUGGGCCAGCCCAUCCGAUUCCCAAUGAGUCGUUGGAUUGUGGAUGCGCCCAAUUACCUUGUCCCAAAUUAGCCAAAUAUGCAACGAGGAAAUUUUACGUUGGGAUUUUGUGUUGGAUUGGAAUUAUUCAGGCUGCUGGUCAGGCAUAUUUUUCACUCACCAGUUCGACUAUUGCAAGGAGGUUCAAUUUUCCAUCAAACUCUAUUGAAUGGAUGACAUUAUUUACUGAAGGCGUCGUGCCAUUUAUUCUCGCUCUCCCUAUUGCCUAUUGGGGUGACCGAAUACACAGAGCAGCUUGGACAGGGGCUUUAGUAUUAAUCCAAAGUGUUGGUUUCUUUUUUAUCAUCAUUCCGCAUUUUAGUCAUUCAUCUCCACGAGUUGUUGAGGAAACUACUAAUGUUACUCAUUUAUCUCUUUAUUCUGAAGACAAUCCCGAGCUUUGUUCAGUACCAGGACUCGCUCGAGUGCUUGUAGAAGAAGAGGGAACCUGUUAUUUCACUCUGACAGUUGUUAUUAUUUCGCAAAUAAUCAAUUGUAUGGGUAACAUUGCAUAUUUGGCACUAGGAAUAUCUUAUUUGGAUGACAACACUCGAAAAAGACAUGUUGCUAUUCCAAUUGGAUUUUUAUUGGCCGUAAAAAUAAUUGGAAUGCUAUUGGGUUAUUUGAUGGCCUGGGGAUGUCUUAGGAUAGACGCUGAUGAUCUGACAGUUACGAUUCAAUCCUAUCGUGAACAAUUUGGCGCUUGGUGGCUCGGAUGGCCAAUUUUAAUGAUUCUGCUCGUUAUUCCUGCAUUAGCUCUUGCAUUGUUGCCACGAAGACUUCCUUCCGAGGUUGUCGAGCAAGCCGCAGCAUCUAUUCUUGACAUUGCCGGUCGCACUAGUCCUCUUACCGAAUCAACAGUUUCUGAUGAGACGAAAAAAUUUGGUGACACUGGUUUCUUUUCUUCAUUGAAAAGACUUCUGACAAACAAAAUUUUUCUAUGCAAUACUUUUUCCAGUAUUUUUAGUAUCUGUGCGAUUGUAAAUUUUGCGUACAACGAAGAUUUAUUUUUGGAAUCCCGUUUCUAUGUACCUCGGCCCUCGGGAAUUUUUUUGGGCUUCAGCGACCCCUUCACAUCGCGAAUAGUUGCGAUUAUUUUUCGUCCAAUAAUUAUUGGGUCAGUUAUUAUUGCAUCUGGAUUUAUAAUCGCUAAAGUCCGUCCGCGUGCCAAAUGGCUAGUGUCUUACAAUACUGUGAUUGCAAUUUUAGCAGCAACAAUUAUUUUUUCUUUGGCUUUUAUUGAUUGCAAGAAGCCGCCUAUUUUUGGUUCAAAGUCUUAUGGAUCGUUCUCUUUAUUAGAAUAUUGCAAUAGAAAUUGUCGAUGUUCAAAGGAUGCUAAUUUCCGUCCAAUUUGUGACACAAAAAAUGUUGCAAUUUUUUUCACGCCUUGUCACGCUGGCUGUACAGGCAUCGAUACAACAAGUGAACCAAAAAAAUUCACAGGCUGCAGCUGUGUUAAAAAACUUCCUGAAUCAUCGAAUAGUCCUGAAGUUAUUGAAGGUCUUUGUGAUUCGACUACAUGUCAAAUCGGCUGGAUUAUUUUUGAGGUCAGCACCAUUUUAGCUUACACUCUGCUAUCAUCAGGAGCAAUAUCAAGUUUUUUGAUCAGUUUACGCUCAGUAUUUAUCCAAGACAAAGCACUUGCGAUAGGAUUCUGGAUAACUUUGACAACAUUCAUAACAUAUAUACCCGGAAAAAUGUUUUAUUGGCAAAUAACCGACUGGACAUGUAUUCAUAGAGGAAAUUCUCAAUCGUGCCACUUACACAAUACUAAUCUCGGCUCUUAUUUGUCAUAUACAACAACCUUUUUACUACUACUCGCAAUAAUAUUUCAAGUACUUACUUUCUUCUUUUGUAAAAAAUUACGUAUUUAUCGCGAAAUAGAAUUCGAAUCUCGUGACGCAGCUGAAAAUUCAUCACAAAUACGAUCAAUACCACUUGAGACACUUUCAAAUCCAGAUGAUUCUAGUUUUGUGCCAAAUGUUUCUAGUUCUGCGGUAACAUCAAGUAGCGCAGUCGCAACUGGUGCAGGAGUAAGUGGACAAAGUUCUCAUGCAACAAACAAUUCAUCAGACAUAAUUGAAAUAACUGAUUCCGGAGUGAUUCGUAAAGUUAACGGCCCAUUGAAAUACGGACCUGUAGGACCUGGUGACUCGGAUCAAAAUAAUGACACCGAUGAACAUGACCAGAGUUUAGAAUUUCACAAUAAACGUGCACCGAUUUCAUUGACUACAGUUUCUUAUCGACGUUUAAAAUUAGAUUCAGAUAACGAAACUAGUGACUCUAGUGGGUCAGUUAAAAAUUUUCAUGCGCACAAAUCUAUUGUAGAAAUUUCAUCGAAAACAGAAGACACAAAAGUUAAACAGAUUCCGGUACUCGCUGGAUUCUCGCGUACCGAUGACAUAAAAUUCGUGAGAAUUGAAGAUAAACGCAAAACCGGUGACUUUAAUGAAGUAGGAAUACCGAUCGUUGAGUAUCCAUUAACUUCAGUAAACUCGCGAAGCAUUGGAUCUAUUUUAACUUCUCCAGAAAUGACCGAGCAUGCCAGAAGAUUUAGAUCAAAAAACUAUCCAAGACGUCGCAAAGCGGAACCAGGCAGUGAUGGCUUGAGAAACAGACCCUUGUCUCCUCAGCACACGUCUUCCGGUUUCGAAAGUUCAGCUUCCGACUUGCAUAACGAUCCCAAUAUUUCUGACGUAAGGCAGUUUUCAAAGUCAACAUCAAACCUUGGCCAGCCGGCACGAAAACCGAAACUUCAUGGAUUUGCCACUGCCUUAUAAGAUCUAUUUAAAAUAUUUCCUUAUACUUUCAAUUAAAAAUUUUAGUAUUUUGAUAAGUAAAUUUAUUGUUUUAAAAUAAAAUUUUUCAUACUAUUCA